AUGACGAAAGACGAGAAUGCAUGGCCUCAUUGUGGACCGUAUGGUCCACCAUACCCUCAACCUCAUUACCGGGUACGUUCCUACGAACGCCUUCGACCACCAGCGGAAAACCCGGAGGGAACCAAAGAAGGAGAGACUGGCCCCCAAGGCGACGAGAAAGACAAGAACUCCGGCGGUGAUGGAUCUUCAAAGACUGAAGAGACCAAGACCGAAGGAGAGGAUAAGGCUAAGGAAGGCGACAACAAGUAA